CCGAUCCCUCUACUCGUGCUCGACGAUCAAAAAACGAUAAUUCUCGCGAACGAUGCGCUGGGGGAAUACCUGGGUCUUUCGGCGCGCGAAGGCGGCGGCGCAGGCGGCGGGGAUGUCAGACUCGGUGACGGCGCAGACUCGAUCGGUGGUGGAGGUGGUGGUGGAGGAGGUGGUGGUGACACUCGGUGCGACGACGUCACCGAAAGGCUAUUUGGCAACACGUUGAACCAGCUUGGAAUUGACGCGUUCGCGAAGGACUCGACACUGUGUCUGCUGUCGUGGGAGACACAACUGGACUCGUUGGCGCGAGAGGUCGGCGCCGACGGAAAGUUCAAGAGCGAAAGGAUCGAUGUUCACGUGCCGUGGGGAGGGGUGCAGGUUUCAUGGGGACACGGACAACCCAGGCCGGCGCGACGCACACAACUGACGAUUUUGCCGUGGAAAGACGACGGGAAACUCUUCUUCACAUGCAUGUUCAAAACAUUGCCUACGAAAUGGCUGUCGCGACCUCCGGAAGAGGAGGCGGCGUCGGCGGCGUCAGACACUUGGCGCGCGAGGAACUAUACGGUGGCGGAUGAAUUCUCGGAGUCCGAAUCCGCUCGGGCAUCCGCGACGCUUAUGGAGAAGAUUGAGGUGUUGGAAGAAGCGCUGAUUGACGCGAUGGAGACGCCCGUUGUUGCCAUAUACAACGACGGCAGCGUUGCACUACCGAAUCGGGCAUGCUUCGAACUUAUCCAGCCGCCGGACUCGACCACGGGCGUUGGCGAAGAACCACGACCGUUCGAUCGGAUGCAGACAUGGAGCAAUCUUAAAUCCUACACCCCCGACUUUUCGCGGCAGUUGCGCGCCGACGAGUCGCCGCUGGCCAAAAUGAUUGCGACGCACGAGCCCGUCGAACCGGUGACCAUCGGAAUGCUUGCCGGUGGACAGAAGAAGUUGGUGGACGUGACCGGGAAGUGCAUCUGGAACAAGACGGGCGAGUUCGUGGGCGCACUGGUUGUGUUGCAAGACGUGACCAAGAUGGCUGAGAUGCAGAAGACGUUGGAUACCGAGGCCCAGAGGAACGAAUUGCGCUUUAGAAACAUACUGGAUUGUAUUCCGCAGAUGAUAUGGACCAGCACUCCCGACGGUCGACACGACUACUUCUCAAAACGUUGGUACGAUUAUACUGGCCUGAAGCCAGAGCAGUGUCUGGGAACUGUAGGCCUCCUGCCUCGUCCCAACAUGGACGAUGUCGAAACCAUAGAAGCGCGGUGGUCCCACUGUCUGGCCACCGGUGAAGACUAUGUGGUCGAGUACCGGUGCAGACGACAUGACGGCGAAUUCAGAUGGAUGUUGGGACGCGCAUUGCCUCUCCGAGAUCCCAAAACUAACGAAAUCGUCAAAUGGUACGGAACGACGACCGACAUCCACGACAUGGUCCAGGCGCGAACGGCCGAAAGAGCGACCCGACGACAACUCAGCGAAGCAUUGCGGCACGCGAAACUCACCCUGUGGGCGGUCGAUGCCAAUCGCACCAUGUACAUGCUAGAAGGGAUGGACGUGCCCGACCCAUCCGAAUUCAUCGGAAAGGAUAUCAAAGACAUCUUUGCCGGGGUCGACCCCGAGGAUCAGUACGGGGCUUUGGACGGCGUCAUGCGAGUGCUCAAGGGCGAGAUCAACGAGUGGUUCCGUGAAAGCGAGUUCAACGGCCGAUGGUACAGCAAUAAGUUUGUGCCCGUACGCGGGCUUAGAGGGCCUGGCGGGGAGUUCGAUCCGAAUGUUGUCACCGACGUUAUCGGGCUCAGUAUGGACGUUACGGCGAUCUACCAGACGGAGCGCGAACUGCAGGAGCGCGAGCGCCAGAAUCGUGUGCUGCAGGCUAAUGAGGCGGCGGCAAAAGAGGCGUCGAAACUCAAAAGCGAAUUUCUGGCGUCUAUGUCACAUGAGAUACGAACGCCAAUCGCCGGCGUUGUCGGAAUGUGUGAGAUUCUCCUCGACGAGAAGUUGACGCCCGAGCAGCGAGAGCUUGGAGAGGGUAUACAACGAUCAGCAAACGCUCUCUUGACCAUCAUCAACGACAUCCUCGACCUUUCGAAGGUCGAAUCCGGUAAAAUGGACGUCGAAGAAUUGGAACACGAGAUCAAUUUCCCGGGCAGCGGGGACUUGACGGUCAUGGGUGAUCCCGGGCGCGUCCGACAGAUAUUGGCGAAUCUGCUUAGCAACGCGGUCAAGUUCACACAUGAAGGUAUCGUGGAAUUGAAAGCUACAAUUGGCGAUGAGGACGAUGACACGCUGUCGGUGAACUUUGCUGUUCGGGAUACUGGCAUUGGCAUCGCGGACUCGGAUCAGUGUAAACUCUUCCAGCCUUUCACGCAGGCGGACUCGUCUACUGCGCGGAGGUUUGGAGGGACUGGGUUGGGUUUGACGAUAUGCAAGAAUCUCGUCACUCUCAUGGGCGGCGAUAUCAGCCUCGUCUCCAGUGCCGGCGAGGGCACAUCAGCUCACUUGGCGAUCCCGUUCAAGAAAGCCAGCAACAGGCGGUUCUUGGAGUUCGAUAGUGACGCGCUUCCGGAGCGAUUGCAGUCAGACAUGUCGGUGUCGUGCCGAUCAUCGUCGAACACUGGCACUCGGACGCCGCCGGAAUCAAUUUGCGAUUUGUGUCCGGCUGAGGGCGAGAUCAACCGGCCGGCCAACGCGAGCCCACUGUUGCAGCAUAUCAGUCGAGCUUUCCCACAAGGGGUCGAGAGCGAUCUCGAAGAGCGGCGGAAGCGCCACGUGCUCGUUGUCGAAGACAACGAAGUCAACCAACAAAUAGCGAUCCGUCUGAUCAAGAAGCUAAACUUUACCGUAUCCGCGGUGCGCAACGGUCUCGAAUGCCUCGAGUUCAUGGCGCGGUGCGCGGCACUACCCACCACCGCCGACGCGACCUCCACCAACCCGCCCUCCCUCCGCCGCCCCGACGUAAUCCUCAUGGACGUGCAGAUGCCCGAGAUGGACGGGUACUCUGCGACGCGGGCGAUCCGCUCUGGGCGGCUACACGCGCACUCCUCCACCUCCACCUCCACCUCCACGGCACCUGGCGCCCCUGCCGCCCCCCUAGAAGGCCCCGACGUCGUCGAGUGGCUCAGCCGCAUCCCGAUCGUGGCCAUGACCGCCAGCGCCAUCAAGGGCGACCGCGAGAAGUGCAAGGAGUCGGGCAUGGACGAUUACCUUGCCAAGCCGGUGCGCGGCGGGCUGCUCGAGAAGAUGCUCGUAAAAUGGUGCUCUGCU